AUGGACAAGUUACCUGCGGAGGUGAUCCUUGCGAUCCACACUCACCAAGACUUAGCCGACCUAUGCUCGCUAGUCCGCGUGUGUCGCCGACUCUAUCAAACCCUCAACUUGGAGCUUUACAAGCGCGACGUCAAGACGGGUUCACCACAGUCUCUCUUUUGGGCCGCCAUGUUCGGUCUUCUGGGUACCCUGAAAAUGUCCCACGCUGCCGGUGCUAAUCUCGAGCAAGCCUGGGCAUCUGACAUGUUCAUCUUUCCUAGCAUCAGCCACUGCACAAUUGCCGGAUCGACCAGAACUUUCGAGUUCGAGACGAGCUUGAAGAAGCACUAUAACAAAUUCUUCAAGCAUUCCCCAGAAACAUAUAGCUACCUCUUUAACGGAGAAAAACUGAGCCCAGCGUGGGAACAACGCCUUCCUACCUUCUACGAUUCCUUCUACGACUUCAAUGACGACCACCCGUCCGCACCCAAGACAGCAUCCAAAGAUUGCUUAACGCCUUAUGCCAACAACUUCCUGGAUCGCCCUAACUUUAUCCAAGCCUGCAGGGGGAAACGCUGGCCUAAAUAUUGGUGGCACGCGCUUGACUUGGCUGUGCUAUUCCGCCACUUCGACGUGAUCCGGUAUCUACUCAAGAACGGCGUCAACAUUGCCAAGUCGCACUCACGUGGUCUCUGCAGUCGUUUGUGCGCAUGCGCUGGAUCGGAUUUCGAAAUCCUCUCCCCCAAACGCGUACAUAACCCGCUUACCUUGGCAGCCUGCGAGAGUGACCUUGCAAUCCAGAAGAUCCUGCUGGAAAAUCUGGGCUUGAGGGAUAUGGCUAGAGCCUUGACCUGGGAAGAAGUUCAACGUCAUGAAUACCGAGCGGACAUGUUCAAGAAAGGCUCGCAGGAGGAGAAAGAUUUUGUCGACGUUCACGACAUGGAUCGCCGAGCAUUAACUCGGUAGGGAAUCGUCGGGUUGAACAUGACACAAAGGUUGCCCGUCACCUUCCCUUAUGCAACGUACCGCCCUCUCAUGGGAUUAUCAGGACCUCGCGCUUGCGGGCAAUCUCUCCCGGGACACCCAAGUACACCACGUACCCCCUUCGACCCUGUCUCCAGUGGUUUUGUGAUGUUUCAAUCGACCGCUCAGCAGUACUAAGAAGCAGGCUACAGGGCGGUUUGUACAGGAGCACGGAGAGAUCUCACGUACGAGCAACAGUUCCCCCGAACACAGCGAUCAUACAAGAGGCACGCGAUG